AUGGGAGCAGAACUCAAGAUAGCAUACGAAGGCGGCGAGGCCGAGCGUGCCGCACGCCAUUUCGUUGACAACUCGGCGUCUGCGGUCGCCUACAAGCGCGUCGAGGACGCGUGCGCCGCCGUCAAGAACGAGAAAAUGGAUUUCGCGAUACUCCCCAUUGAGUCGUCCUCACUCGGUAGCAUCCACAUCAACUACGACCUGCUGCUCAAAUAUAGCCUGCACAUCGUGGGCGAAUAUGACCUUCAAGAGUCUUUCACACCUGAGCAAGAGGCGGAUUUCACUUCGUACACGCGUUUCCUUUUGCUGUCAAAGAAAGAGGACCUGGCGCUGGACGAGAGAACUGCCGGUGUGGACUUCAAGACGUCGCUUGUUUUUGGCUUUAAGGACAGUACAGCUAAGAGAAUGCUGACCCGUGCGCUCACGGUCUUCUCACAGCACGACCUGGACCUGACCAAGAUCGAGAGUCGUCCAUGGGAUGGUCAGGAGCCACAGCAGAGUGGCGAGAAGGCCGUGGACGCCCGCAGAUAUAAGUACCUCUUUUACGUAGACGUGCAGGGCCAUCUUACAGACGCUAACCUGGCGGCAGCCAUGCGCAGACUCAGUGAGAUCUGCGCGUUUGUACGCAUUCUGGGCUCCUACGCAACCUCACAGAGCGUAGAGGCCGUGACGGCGGCAGAACUGUCGCGCAAGACUGGUCGUGUUGAGACCGGUACCAACAUCACCAUGGCCGACAAGUACCCGCUGAACCCGAUGUUCCAGAAGGUGACAGUCGCUAAGACCGUGCUGAUCCACGGCCAGACCAAGCAAAUGGAGGCCGAAGGGAAGCAGGUGUGGUCACUAUGUGUUGGUGAACCCGACUACAACCCGAACGAGCGCGUCUUAGCCGCCGGAGCCAAGGCAAUGAUCGAAGGCAACAUCAAGUAUGCGCACAUGAAAGGUCUGGUGGAGCUGCGCGACCUCAUCUCGACGUACCUGGACAAGGCCAAGGGAGUUAAGUACGACCCGGCCACAGAGGUGCUGGUGUCGAACGGCGCACAACAGUCUGUGUACCAGGCGCUGUACACGGUGUGCCGUCCGGGCCAGAAGGUCAUCAUCCCGACGCCAUACUGGCUCAACUACCCGGAGAUCGUCAAGCUCGUGUACGCGGAGCCCAUCCCUCUACGUACAACGCUCGAGGAGAACUAUCUAAUUAACCCGGAGGAGCUGGAGAAGACGCUGACGGCGCACCCGGAUGCCAAAGCUAUCAUCUUGUGCAACCCAAGUAACCCUUCGGGUACGCUUCACAGCCCCGAACACCUCGAGCGCAUCGCCGCCGUACUGCGUAAGCCACAGUUUAGCCACGUGAUAGUCGUCUCGGAUGAGAUCUACGAGCAGCUAUUGUAUCAGGAUGAGGGUGUGCCAGAGCGUAAGCACGUGAGCUUCGCCACACUACCAGGUAUGUAUGAGCGCACACUUCUUGUGAACGGAUUCUCGAAGGCGCACGCCAUGACUGGCCUGCGUGUCGGUUUCCUUGCCGCACCCAAGUACUUUAUCGACCCAUGCACAUUGCUGCAGGCGCAAUUGACGUCGUGUCCGAACACUGUAGGGCAGGUGGCGGCCGUGGAGGCGCUUAAGUACGAGUUGGAGUGCAUGGAAAAGGGAGAGCGUCGCAUCACGGAGGUGAUGAAGAACUUGGACACCAAACGCCGCUACAUUGUUAAGCGAUUGACAGCCAUGCCGAACGUGCGCUUCGCGUACCCUACGUCGGCGUUCUACGUGUUCUUGGAUCUGUCGUCGUACUUUAAGGGUAAAAAGGCACUCACUGCUGACAAGAGCGUGGCACUCACAAGCGUCGACGACUUCUGCGCAUACCUGCUGCAGGAUUCGCACAUCGCCGUGGUGCCGGGCUCAGAAUUCGGCGACGAGUUCGGCAUGCGCAUUUCGUACGCGAGCUCAAUGGAGGCGAUCGCGCACGCCAUGGAUGGCAUGGAGAACCUACUGAAAUCUCUUGUGUUCGAGUAA